CUUCCUCACUCUUUUUUUUUUUUUUUGUUUAUGAAAGAAAUCUUCCAAAAAUUUCGACAUCCAGAUCUCGCAGAAUUCGCAGGCCUGUUCACCAGAUUUACCGGAGUUUCGUCUGGAUUGGUCCACCUUACGUUUUCUCGGUAACCAAACGGAGAAUCUCUGAACUCGGAUCAGAUGGCGGAUGGGACUGCACAUUCGCGUUAUGUGAAGUUGACUAAAGAUCAAGCGCCUCUAGAAGAUAUUAAGCCCGGGGAGCUUAAUCAGCCCAUUGAAGUUCCUCAGUUGAAUGUUCGCAAGUGCAAUGAGUGCGGGCAGCCUCUACCUGAAAGUUUUGAACCGCCUGCUGAUGAACCCUGGACCACUGGGAUCUUUGGCUGUGCCGAAGACAAAGAUAGUUGUUUAACAGGACUAUUUUGCCCAUGUGUUCUCUUCGGACGCAAUGUUGAAAGCUUAAGAGAUGACACCCCAUGGACUACUCCUUGCGUUUGUCAUGCCGUUUGUGUUGAAGGUGGAAUGGCUCUCGCAGCAGCAACUGCAAUCUUUCAUGGUGCCAACCCAAGUACUGCAUUUCUCAUUUGCGAGGGUCUGUUAUUUGGUUGGUGGAUGUGUGGCAUAUACACUGGUCUUGCUCGGCAGACAUUACAGAAAAAGUACCAUCUGAAGAACUCGCCAUGUGACCCUUGCAUGGUUCAUUGUUGCUUGCACUGGUGUGCCUUGUGUCAGGAGCACCGGGAGAUGAAGAACCGUCUCUCGGAGAACGUUGUGAUGCCAAUGACCGUUGUACACCCUCCCCCAGUUCAAGAGAUGAAAUCCGAGGAUGAGAACCAGGCUUCUUCACCAAACUCAUCUGCUAACAACAAUGGGCAUACCAAUUUGGAAAUGCAGGCUUUGUAGGAUAACGUACCCGAUUCCUUAUAUUAGUUCUAGAUCUUUCAUCAUGUUUAGACGAGUACCUCAUGGUUGUAAAAAUUACAAAUAUUUUGGUCCGCAUACACAGUCUACAUUCCCUUUUAUACCUGUUCCGUCCAGAGACAAAGAAGUGACCUGACUUCUGGAACCACCUGUCCCUGCGAGAUUUUUCAUGAUAUUGGACCUUAAAUUCUUGUCUGAUGUUGAUAAAUAUUUUUUUUUUGGUAUUU